CUGGAAGCUGACACCGCAUUGUUCUGUUUCAGCGUGUUGGAUAUUUGAGGCUGUUGCACACGGUACCUGCUCCUUCGUUUCCGGCGUCGCAUCGGGACGCUCAUCGUGAAGCAACUCGUCGUCGAGCUCCUCUUCGUCCGACGGAUCAAAUAUGCACACAAGUUCCACAGCGUUACAAAACGUUACCACGUAUCACUAUCAGUAAUAGCGGGUGCAUAUUUAAUAUUACCUAGGUCUUUCGCUGACUUUCAUUCUUCCACUCCACACACACUCUCUCGCGGUGGCCUGUGGACUCUGCUCUCGCGAUUGUUCUCUAAUUGGUGAAGGGUUGGAAGACCGUCUACAUACGAUCUUCCUUCGCGACACUCAAUUUCACAUUCCUUCGUUCUCCAAUAAACAGACAUUCUUUCUUGAAAACUGCAAUUGAACCGCCGGCAUGCAGCAAGCAGUACCAACUCGCAAAACAGUCAAGAAACCACUGCCUGUAUUUGAUGUCGGUGAAGACUACGAGUUAUUAUAUCCCCUAGGUGAAGGCGCGUAUGGCCAGGUUGUCGCUGCACUGCACAAACCUAGUCGACGACGUGUCGCCAUCAAGAAAGUACUUCCCUUCGAGCAUACGAUAUUCUGUUUGCGCACGUUACGAGAGGUGAAGUUGUUGAAGUACUUUUCAGAGUCGUGUGUAAAUGGAAAUAUUAUUUCAAUUCUUGACAUGAUCAAACCUGAGUCGCUAGACUCAUUCAAGGAGCUGUACUUCAUUCAAGAACUCAUGCAAACGGAUCUGCACAAAGUUAUCCGUACACAGCAACUUUCCGACGACCACGCGCAGUAUUUUAUCUAUCAGACUCUUCGUGCCUUGAAGACAAUCCAUAGUGCGGAUCUGGUCCAUCGGGACCUUAAGCCUGCGAAUCUGCUUGUCAAUGCAAAUUGCGACCUGAAAGUUUGCGAUUUUGGACUUGCUCGAAGUGUUCAUCCAACGACAUAUGGGGCGGCUACCGGUGACAGAGUAAUGACGGAAUAUGUGGCGACGAGAUGGUAUCGUGCACCAGAAAAUAUGUUGUCGUAUAAUAUGUACACAAAGGCAAUUGAUAUGUGGGCUGUAGGAUGUAUACUUGGAGAGUUGAUAUGUGGACGGCCGUUGUUUCCUGGAAGAGACUACAGACAUCAACUUGAAUUAGUGCUUCAUGUCAUAGGUACUCCAACGCUGGAAGAAUUCCAUGCCAUCAAUGCCCGAAGAUCAAGAGAAUACCUGCGCUCGAUGCCUCUCCGUAAAAGACAGAAUUUCAAGACCUUGUUUCCUCUUGCAUCGGCGGACGCUAUCGACUUUUUACAAAAAACAUUAACAUUCGAUCCAGAGAAACGAAUGACUGCAGAGGAAGCUCUUGCACAUCCCUACGUUGGUGCGUACCAUGAUGUUGAGGAUGAGCCUCUUGCACCCCCGUUGGAUCCCAACUAUUUCGAGUUCGAUGUGAGUAAGGAACAACUCUCUCGACAGCGGCUCAAGGAGUUGCUUUAUGAAGAGGUUUUAUCGUUCGAGUCGGACAUGAAAACAGUGGUUUAAUUUGGUUUUAGUGGUAUUUGGGUGGUAAAAUACUGGGCGCGAAGUUCGAAAUCCCGCAAUAAUGGUUUAAUAGUGAUCUCUUCUCCU